CUUCUUCGUAUCUUCGCAUCCUCGCUCCCUCGCUCAUUAUUUUCUGGACGCCAUGAUUGAUCGCCCCCCUUCCGUCACUCGCUAUUGAUCGUUUCUCACCAUGGCUGAGAAACGCCGUCUGUCGGCACGCGAACGUCGCGAACCUGCGGCGAAGAGGCGGGUCUCCGAAGCCGCGCCUGCAUCCCAACAGUCCUCGAAGAAAAAGGCCUCGACACCUGCAGCAGCCCCCUCGCCAGCUCCAAUCCCUGAACCCGAGCCCGAAAUUGUCGAGAAGCCCCUGCCAACGAAAAUCAAGGAUGGAGAAGGUCUCCCUACCCUAUCGUCGCCGCAGUCGGAGACCCUGUCCGACAAGGAAUAUCAGUCGAUCGCAGAAAGUGCGGUUCUCCUUGCCUCUCUAGAGCGGUCUAAGAAGAAGUGGCUCAGCGAUGGAAUCUUGGUGCGAUACUGGACGAAACCCAAGAAGACGAAAAGGGAGCAAAUCGAAGGGAAGAAUCCGCCCAAGGAGUCCAUGUCGAAAGUCGGACCCUGCAACAUUGUGGUUGGUCCUCAUCUGUUCGAUGCCAUGCUCUACACCGUCAAAGACCCCAAUGCGCCUCCGCCGAUUCAGUACACGCCGCCUCAACGACCGAUGGUGCACUAUGGCCACCCGAAUAACUUCCAGCAAUACCAUCCCUAUCCCUCUCCCGCUCCGCCUCAGCAUGGACGACAACACCCUCCUCAAACUCCCCCUACGCAUGCGCCUUCUCCUCAGCCUGGUCACCAGCCAAAUAACCAGCCCCCGCCUCCGCCUCCGAGUCGAACCCCUAACCAUCCUCCUCCCCGGCCAGCGCCGCCGCCGCCUGGUCCUCAGUCGGCACAGAGACCAUCUCCCUCCCAACAACCGCAGCCACCGCAACCUGCUAAGCCCAGUCCGGACCCGGUCAUCCAGAUGCUUGCCACCCGUGCUGCCUCAGAUCCCGACCUCAAAGCGUUGAUGAGGGUAGUCGCGUCGAGUAAAGCAUCGCAAGAGCAACUUCGCGCUUUCCAGGCCCACAUCGAUGAGUUGAAUGCUAUUAUCCGAGCAAGGGAGCAACAGCAGCAAAGACAGCAGCAGCAGCUACAACAAUCCCAUCCGUCCACCCCUGGUCAGCCCCAAGCAUCGCCUCGAACGCCGCAGCCAGCAUCCCAGCAUCAAACACCACAACCUCAAUCAUCACAAAGACCUCCACAAUCCGUUCAACCGAAUGGACAGCAGACAGGGCCGCAACAACCGCAACAAUCACAACCUCCUCCGCUUCAACAGAAGCAGAGUACGCCGCAGUCUCAGCCAACCCCUCAGCCGCCAACACCAUCACAGGCGCGGGACCCGUCAUAUCCACGAGUCGAAGUGCAAAUUCCAAAGAAUUCGCCUCCGUCAUCUAAAGCUACUCCAAGCAAAGCUCCUCCUCAAACGCCCAAUUCGCAGAAGUCCGGAUUCACACCGCAAGUGAAGCAAGAACCCGGGACAGCAGGCCAGCCUCUUGCGGAGUCUAGCCCGGCGGUCCGUCCCAUGCCACCGCCACAGCAAGGUCAAGGUCCACGACCAGGACCGCACCAGCAGCCGCAGCCGCAGCCGUAUCAGGGUCAUCCACCUGCGAUUCAGUCGCGACCCCCACAGUACGGCUCCCCGGCUCCCUAUUAUCGUCCAGCGCCUCCGCCGCCGCCUCCACGCAUGAAUUUCAAAUCGGUAGUCUUUGAGUUCACUUCGCCUCUCACUCCCUAUGGAAGCAGCACCUCAGGACAUGCCGGAUCUGGUGAUCGAUAUCUAUUUCCUGAAUACACGAUCCUAGAAUGGCUUCCGGGAGGGAAUACGGUAUUGGCAUCAUUCUUGCUUGUGAAGAAGGUUGAUCCGAAUCUACCGUUUCCCAUCGAAACCGCGCCUGACGCAGGAAACUCGCGGGCCAAAGGCAAGUCGGGAUCCCGGUCCAAGAAGUCUGACAAGAAGAAAGCAAAGGAUAAGGAGAAGGAGAAGGAAGAAAACAUAGGGGCCGAAGAGAAGGACAAGACCGACUCCCAACCUGCUGGCACUGCUUCAGAUCCAUCUGCAGCGGAGUCCAAGCAGCCCGCCGCUGAAGGAGACAAACCGGCAGGUGAACAAAACGAAAAGGACCAAGCAAAUGCCACCUCCAGCCAAGCCGACGCUGACAAAAAGGCACCCAAAGAGAAAGCCGAAGAUGCAAAGGACGCCAAUCUGAAAGAGUACUACCAACCAAUUACCUUCCGCAUCCACAGCGCGAACCCUAAAGUUCUCGAACCUCUGAAUCGCGUCGUGAAACCCCCUGAUGAGGUUCGCAAGUACAUGAACGAAGUCAUGGAUCGCGCUGAGCGCGCUCCCGACGGAUUCCUGGCAUACCGUCUCCCCCACGAAGAGAUCCCCGAGGAGCCUGAGCCCGAGGAUACCAAGAAAUCCGGUACUCCGGUUCCCGUUUCCACUGGGCGACAUCGACCGUCCCGCGGCAAGGCUGCCGUUGAUGAAUCGGAUGCCGAGAACAGCGAGUUUGUCGAGGAGCACGAGGAAGAGGAGGAGGAACUGAAGGACUUUUAUGGCGCCCCGACGGGCCUCUUGCCCAUGGGGCCGAUGUAAUAUUGUUGGGAUUUACUUCAGCGUUUGCCUGUGUGCUUAUAUUAGCGUGUCUCCAAAUGUGUCGAUAUAUUUUGACUUGAAUACAACAAGGAUCAAGUAGUAG